AUGGCUUAUUUCAGCUUCCUCAUCCUGACCUCCCUUUGUAUUGCGGGCCGAGAGGCCCUCACCUUAUCUGAAUGUGGAGCAUUCGCUAGACGACCUGAAUACACUGAUAUCUCUGUGGUGUGCGGCACAUCUGCCAUCGACCUGGCCAUUCAAAUCUGCCCCGUUGUUUACACCGGAUACAACAGAAGCUUACUGAUCCUCAACAGCAUCCGGGACAACAUGGACUGUCAGGGGACGCUGGACACGUCGGUGGCCCCUCCUGUAGUGAGAUUCCGCUUCCCCAUCAGGGAGGGAAACGCCUGUGGGAGCAACUUCAUGACCACGAGUGCACCGGGGACGGGAAUAUUCUCAGACUUCUCCAACAUCCAGACGGUGAACGUCAGCGGGGUGAUCCGAUCCUUCGACCCCACCAUGGGGACGAUCACCUACAAUGCAGAGCUUAAGUAUUUCUAUUCCUGUGCUUACCCACUGGAGUAUCUCAUUAACAACACCCAGGUGGACGUGUCAUCCUCCUCCAUUGCUCUGAAGGACAACAAUGGGAGCUUCAUCAGCACCCUCAGCAUGGCCCUGUAUAAGGAUGUAAAUUACACCACACCCCUGGUCAUUCCACCUCUGGGCGUGGAACUCAGAACAAACAUCUACGUGCAGGUGGAGGCAUCCAACCUGACAUCCCAGUACUUUGUGCUCCUGGAUCGGUGCUACGCCUCGACCAACGUGCAGCCUUCCAACUCCACCUUAUUCAAUCUGUUUGUCUCGUGCUCCAAAGAUCAACUUACCACUAUGCUGGAGAAUGGGGAUAGCCAAAAGGCACGCUUCUUCUUCCCGGCUUUCCGCUUCAUCGAGCAGCAAAAUGAGACUAUCUCCACCUACUAUCUGCACUGCAUCACCCGACUCUGUGAGCGCAGCACCUGCAGCACCUUCAAGCAAUGCAACCGGAAGAAGAGGAGUGUGGAGACCACGGUGGUCCAGGAGAGCAUCACUGAGCCGUCUGUGCUCACUGUGCCAAUAAAGGCCAAGACAGAGACCCCUGCUCUUUCCAAAGAAGAGGCGCUGUCUGGUGGCCAGUCUGAUGGCAGGCCGGCGUCUGUUGGCCUGGGAAUUGCUGUCGCUAUCCUCGUUGUGAUAGGGGCUGCAGCCAUUUUGAUGGCAGCAUCUUUUUAUAGAAAACUGAAGCGGCUAAGCUAG